UUUUUCUUUUCUUUUUUUUUUUUUCGCAGGGCAUGUGGCUUUUAAACGAGAAAACAUGAUGGAGAUGUAUUUGAUUUCAGUAUUUUUAGCAAGUAUCCUUAUCAUACCGUUCGGACUCAAAACGUUGUUCCCUUAUGUUUGGAUGGAUAUUCUGUAUUUCGGGGAUCUACUGCGGAUUUUAGUGAAGUUUGUGUCGAGGCGAAGAAGGAGACCUUCCUUCUUUGUUUUGGACCGUUUCUUGGAGCAGACCGCUGCGCAUCCAGACAAGCCGUUCAUUUUGUUUGAAAAUGAAAACUACUCGUACACUGACACAGAUAAAUGGAGCAACAAAACAGCCAACGCGCUUCAGUCUCACCCUGGGUAUAAACCUGGGGACACCGUCGCACUUUUUAUGGGGAACGAACCCGCCUUUCUGUUUACCUGGCUGGCCUUGGCUAAAUUAGGCUCUCCUGUGGCUCUUCUCAACCACAACAUCCGCACCAAGUCUCUGCUGCACUGCUUUAACUGCUGCAAGGCGAACGUGUUGAUUGCAGCCUCAGAGCUAAAGGAAGCAGUGGAGGACGUGCUGCCCUCACUGAUAGAGAAGGGCGUCACCAUCCUCCUGAUGACCAAACACUGUGACACACCUGGGAUUGAGAGCUUCUCUGAUAAAUUGGACAAGGCAUCAGACACCCCGCUCCCUCGAUUCCUCAGAUCACACAUCGCAUACAAAAGUCCUGCAGUGUAUAUUUACACCUCUGGAACUACAGGUCUCCCAAAGGCAGCUGUGGUCAAUCAGAAUCGCCUCUUAACAGCUCUGGCUGCUUUAUCUUCAAACGGUGUAACGUCUAGUGAUGUCAUCUACCUCAACCUGCCUCUGUAUCACACAGCUGGAUUCAUUAUUGGCUUUAUCGGAUCGAUUGAGGCGGGGUCGACUAUCAUUUUGAAGAGGAAGUUCUCUGCCUCUCAGUUUUGGGAUGACUGCAGGAAAUACAAUGUGACUGUUGUGCAGUACAUAGGAGAGGUGAUGCGUUACCUCUGUAGUACACCAAAGACAGAAAAUGAUAAGGACCAUAAAGUAAGGCUGGCCAUUGGCAAUGGUGUCAGAGCAGAGAUAUGGAGAGAGUUUGUCAAUCGCUUUGGGGACAUUCAGAUCCGAGAGUUUUACGCCUCCACCGAGGGAAAUGUGGGAUUUGUCAACUACGCAGGAAAAAUUGGAGCUAUUGGACGAGUUCACUUUUUUCAUCAGAAGCUGUUUCCCUUCACUCUUAUUAAGUACGACACAGAGCGGGAUGAACCGAUUCGAGAUGCUAACGGCCUUUGUGUGGAGUCGCCCAAAGGUGAUACAGGACUGCUGGUGUCGAAGAUCACAGACAUCGCUCCUUUUGUCGGCUACGCCCAGAAUGAAGAUCAAACGGAGCGGAAAAGACUUCGCAAUGUUCUCAAGAAAGGAGAUCUUUACUUCAACAGUGGAGACCUAAUGAGGAUCGAUAAAGACAACUUCAUUUACUUUCAGGAUCGUGUAGGUGACACAUUCAGGUGGAAAGGUGAGAAUGUGGCCACAAAUGAAGUGUCUGACAUCCUGACGAUCAGUGAUUGUCUCAAAGAAGCCAACGUUUAUGGAGUCCAAGUGCCAGGGCAUGAGGGGCGGAUAGGGAUGGCAGCUGUCACUGUGAAGGAAGGUGCCCAGUUUGAUGGAAGUAGAAUAUAUCACCAUGUGGUUAACUACCUGCCUUCAUAUGCCCGACCACGCUUUAUAAGAAUACAGAAUGCCGUAGAGGUGACGGGGACUUUCAAGCAGAUGAAGGUGAAGUUAGUGGAGGAGAGUUUUGAUCCAGGACGUAUCCAGGACCCUCUUUACAUCCUGGAUGAUAAAGAGAAGAGUUACAUACCGCUGAGAUCUCAGGUCUACAGCUCCAUCAUAUCAGGAAACAUCAAACUAUAAGUAGGCUCCUAGGGUUCAUCCCAUUACCGUAUUCCGCAUCUUCGUUUCCCUCACUUGCGUCUCUUCCUCGCGUCUUAGCUUCACCCUCGUAAGAUGCGAGGAUGAGAUGCGAGGACAGAGGAAUCCUCAUUUGGGAAAUGGGACAUGCUCAUUCACUCAAGAGUCACUUUACUUAUGGCGUGUGCACAGCUGUAUCACCUGUCACUGGGCUUAACGCGAAAGAAAUCCUACAUAGACCCUCUACAAUUUAGUUUUAUAUGUUUAUUGAAAUUAAUUGAUCAAUCUCUUUUUAUUCAUGGAUACAUCAAUAAACAAAAUACCUACAGGGAUAGCCUUUGUCUGCCUUAAAUAAUUAGUAUACCCAAUGAUACAUGUUUGUGAAGUAGUGCUUGUCCCGCCAUGGCUUGUUUAAUUUUUGCCAGCUGUGGAGCUGGGGCUGGGGCAUUUAUACACGUGUAGCGAUAUAACAAUUCCGCGCAUAGGCUGCACUCAUGUUCUCACUUCCAUCUCCUCUGGCAGCCUCCUCUCUUCAAAUCCUCAGAGCGCAUUAAGGAAGUCUCAAUUGAUUUCCGGGUCAAGUGAUCGAGGAUAGUGGAGUCGAGGAGGGAUAUUGGGAUGAAGCCUUAGUGUUCAUUAACUGUGCAGGCUUUUCAGUCUGGCUGCAUUGAUACUUUUAAUAAUGAACUUCCAGCUCAGUGACCAAUUUUUUGUUGUUAAUAUUAUAUAAUAAUCAUAUUAUUGUGUGUAGUAAAAUAAUGGGGAGACAUAAACAUAUUUAUUAAAAGCAGUAGAUGGGAAUCAGAAGUGUAGGAUUCAUUUAUAAGGAUUUGUGUCAGGGGCCGGAGUCAGCCUGCAUGCGGGGGAGGGAGUUUGAUAAUAUAAAUGACAUAUUUACUGGCAAGUGAUAAUAUAAAUAGUUGAUCUACAAGCAUGAUGUUUGCUUUCCAGUAUGAGGACUUCUGCUUUUACUUUAUUCAGUCUAAUAAUGGUGUUGAGAAGCAUUGCUGUAUGUAUGGAUAAACAGAUAGUGUAGCUUAAUGACUUUCUCUGUUGGACUUUCUCUUAAAGUUAGUAUGUACUUAACAGAAUGUCUUGCUUAUGGGAAAGACAUGAGUAGCAUGUAAUGGUUUAAAAGU